AUGCCAAAAUCGAAGUCUACAAAAGUCUCCGACCUAAAGGCGGAAAUUUCCAGGCUGCGCGCCGAGUUAUCAAAAGCUCGUCCUGGCAGAGAAGUUAUUGAACAGAUGUCGAGUGAGGUUGUCAGCUCUAACCCUUACAGUCGGCUGAUGGCGCUGCAGAAAAUGGGGAUUGUAGAUAACUACGCUCAGAUUCGAGAAAAGAGCGUUGCUGUUGUUGGUGUGGGAGGUGUUGGAUCAGUUGCAUCGGAAAUGCUUACUCGCUGUGGUAUUGGUCGCUUGAUCCUCUUCGAUUAUGAUAAAGUAGAAUUGGCGAACAUGAACCGGUUGUUCUUCCAGCCACAUCAAGCGGGACUGAGCAAAGUGGAGGCAGCGGCUGCCACACUGCGUUCCAUCAAUCCGGACGUUCGAAUUGAGGCAUAUAAUUACGACAUCACGCUGGUGGAGAACUAUGAUAACUUUAUGAAGGCUCUGACGGGAAAGGAGAAGGCGACUGGGCCAGUCUGGUUUGAGGCUGGCGUGAGCGAAGAUGCCCUAAACUGCCACUUUCAAUUGAUGUAUCCCGGACGAACACCGUGCUUUGAAUGCAUGCCUCCUCUGGUAGUCGCCUCGGGUCUGAACGACACUAAGGUACUCAAGCGGGACGGUGUAUGCGCUGCUUCACUGCCUACAACAAUGGCUAUCGUCGCUGGGCUCAUGGUGCAAAACGUGCUGAAGUUCCUCCUUUCUUUUGGCGAGGUAAGAUUACACUUAACCUCUUAA